AUGCUGGCGCCCCCCUCGGACUACGGCUACGCGCCCUCGCCGGCCAACGGCAUGAACGGCUAUGAACAGCAACAGCUGCAGCACCAGCAGAGCGGCGAGCGACCCAAGAUCUACAUGCAGCCGCCCGCGAUGGUGGGCGAGUACGGGCAAAUGGUGCACCAGGGCACUCCGCAGCACGCCAUGACCCCGCAACACGCUAUGACGCCGCAGCACGCCGCCAUGACCCCGCAGCACGCCAUGGGCCCCAAGUACGAGAACGAGCCGCUCAUGAUGAACGUCCAGGGCGGCGCGCACUACUACCCGCCGCCGCAGAUGGGCGCGCAAAUGCUGCACGUUUCCUCGGACUACGAGUACGCCAACGGCUCCGUGAUCACGCCUUCCAGCGCGCGCAGCGGCUCCAAGCGCUCGCGCGAGGACCUGAACCUCAAGGAGAAGAAGCGCAUGUUCAAGCUCAACGACCGCAUCAACCAGCUCAAGGAGAUGCUGGACGAGGCCGGCGUGCAGACCAAGAAGAACAAGCAGUCCAUCCUGGACAACGCCUCGCACUACAUCGAGAUGCUGCGCAGCAACCUGCUGAUCGCCAAGCAGAAGGCGGAGCGCGCCGAGAAGCAGGCCGAGGCCUUCCGCGCUCAGGCGCAGAAGUCCUCGUCGGGCGCUGACAAGGUGGUGCGUGGCUGCUUCCAGAAGACCACGACGCCGCGCGUCGUGGUGGACAUGAGCAUGCAGACGGUGACGUUCAACGGCGCGUUCGUGAAGCACACGGGCCAGGCCGAGCCUGUGCUGAAGAAGCAGAAGACGCUGCGCUCGUACCUCUGCGCCGAUCAGGACAAGUUAGAUAGCAUCAUGAAGAAGGUUCGCGAGACCAACCAGUCGACGAGCGCGCUCGUGAAGGCGUCUGCUGCUGGUGGCAACGCGGUGCCCGUGAACCUGGUGGCGGCCGUCGUGACGGACGACUCCGGCAAGGCCACGAACGUCGAGUUCAGUCUGAUCCCCGUGGAGCAGCUGACGUCCAAGCAGACCGAGGUCGCACACGACGAGGCGGAGACGUCUGCGGAGGAGUCCGCCACAGAGGACCAGCCGAAGGAAGAGUCUGCAGCCAACCUGCAGCUGUAA